GUUUCCUCAGUUUGUGGAGUAAAAUCGAAAUUAUAUUGUAUUAUGGCUACGAAUCAACCAUUAUUCCGUGAAUUAACAGCCGAAGAUCCAGAUCCAGAGGCGACAACCAUUGAAUCCGUUUGCAUGAAUUGUUUCAAAAAUGAGUAGCCAUGCAUGUCAAUCAAGGCAACUGCAGCAGGCAUUGUGACUCUCCUUUGAUCAGUUGCAAAAUGUACGUCACCACUUCGGAUAGAUUGAGGCGAUACGUGCAGAAAAGUGCGUCCGGCUCCGGAACUUGCUUCGGUGACCUACUCUUCCAGUCGUGGUCAACUCAGCAAGCGACUCAUCCAACACGCGUGUUGUCAUUGCACUCUUUCCAGAAUUUCCCAAAACAAAUGUUCACUUCUAAUUACCUGAGCCGAUGCGGUGCCAAGAAUUUCUUGAAAUUACAAAAAAUUGGAUAUUGCGUCAGUCUUACCCUCUGCCAAAGGCGAGUGAUACAUAUUUACCGAUUCCGCCUCAUUCCUUCAGCCAAAUAUACGUAAUUUAUAUAUGUAAACAUUGCUCGGUUUUCUUUGGAAUGUAAUUACCCCAGAGCUGGCUAGAGUUUUGCCUCACUCACGAGAUAGUCUUCCGCCCAUUGUAGUGUCUGAUGGUUUGGCGGUUAUUUCUGAUUUCAAGCCAAAAUCGCAAAUUCGUGAUCAUCUUAAAGAGUUUAAUAUUUGUGCAUUUAUUCAUUAAUUUUAAUUAGUGCCUUUGGAUGGACCCGUUUUUUGCUAGAUGUUGCCACGGCCAUGUCUUUGCCAGUUUAGAGGGGCAAACUCGACUGCUGCUCACAAAAAUUCCAUUCUACAAGGAAGUCGUAUUGAUGUCAUUUCAAUGCGAGCAUUGUGGAUAUGAAAACAAUGAGAUUCAAUCCGCUGGCGAAAUCCAACCUAAAGGUUGUCGGCUCACUCUCACUGUAACCACAACGAGCGACCUCAAUCGACGGGUUGUCAAAUCCGACUACAGCUCCAUUCAAAUUCCGGAAGUAAAUUUCGAAAUACCUUCACAAUCACAAAAAGGUGAAGUAACAACGGUAGAGGGUAUCAUUGAACGUGCAAUAACCGGACUGGAGCAGGAUCAGGAGCAACGUCGUAAAGACCAUCCUGAUGUUGCGAAGCAAAUAGAAGAUUUUGUGGAGACUCUUCGAAGUUUGAAGUCUGUGGAAAAACCAUUUACCGUAAUCAUAGAAGACAUCACUGGUAAUAGCCACAUUGAGAACUUCAGUGCACCGAAAAUAGAUCCUCAUUUGAAGACAGUUCAUAUAAUUCGAUCCAAAGAACAGGAUCAAAAUCUGGGCAUUUAUACUAGUGAAGAAGUAGCAGAUAAAAAUGAAAAAGACAAGGCAGAAGAGAAGGGUCUGUUGAAGCCAAUCGAUGAAGGUGCUUGGCCCCUUGAAGAAUUGGAAAAUGAAAUUCUGCAAUUUCCUACGAACUGUCCGGAUUGUGGAUCACCGUGUGAAACUAAUAUGAAAGUUACGAAUAUUCCACACUUUAAGGAAGUAAUCAUUAUGGCGACGCUUUGUGAAGUUUGUGGGUGCAAGACGAAUGAAGUGAAAUCAGGGGGUGGCAUUGAGGAUUAUGGAACGAUAUUUGAGUUGAAAAUCAGCAACAGAGAAGAUUUAACCCGGGAUGUUUUGAAGUCGGAAACGUGUUGCAUGAAAAUUCCCGAAUUGGAAUGCGAAGUAGGAGCUAGUGCCCUAGGGGGACGUUUUACAACGGCCGAAGGUAUUUUGACAGCAAUGCGGGAUCAAAUUGAGGAGAAUGCAUUCUUGUUCAAAGAUUCACAGGACGAAGUGACAAAAAAUAAGGUUCAGAAGUUCGCCGACGAAAUAUCCAAGAUAAUCAACUUGAAACGUGAAGCAACUUUAAUAUUAGAUGACCCAGCUGGAAAUAGUUACGUGCAAUCCCUGAACGAGGACGACACACCGGACGAGGGUCUUAUUAUUACUAAAUAUACUCGGACAUUUGAUCAGAAUGAAGAAUUAGGACUUAACGACAUUAAUACUGAGAAUUAUUCAUAGUCGAUAUAUGAAAUAAAUAUAAAUUUAUUUUUGAA